GGUUACAAGACGCGAGUCGCGAGCGAUACUUGCCCUAGAUCUUAAGGGCGUGCCACCUGCAACGCCGACGACCUGCUCUAGUAGUAGGCUUGCUCUCGGAUGAGCACUGUCAGAGAACGGCGCACACGGCGGAAGUAGCGCCAACUUGUCGGCAGCAUUCGAAACUCGGAACUUAGCUGACGCACUAUGAGCGAUAGCACUCAUCCAAUAAUACUGCGUCGAUGUGGCGUGCAGAGGAAGGUUGGGGUCCGAAUGUGGCUGGGGGGCGGAGACGCGCGUGUAGGAACCCGGGUGUGGCGGGGGAAGGCGCGCAGCUCCACACAAACGAGCUUUGCAUGCAUGAAUCCCAGAAUAUAGCCCGUUAUCGCUUUUAUAUAUCUUACCAGGCUCUCGCUUCGCGGGACCACAGCUGUGCAAGCACGCAAUCGUGACGUUCCCAUCUGACUAGCACCUCGAGCAUUAGUCUUCAGACAUGCCUUCCUGAUGCAUAUAGUAGGACCUAUUUCGACGCGUUAUUCCUCCGAUCCUUGCCCAGCCGGGGACUUGCACAACCACAGAAACCAUGCAGCUCGCGCAGAAGGCUUCGGGCGUUCGCCCCGCUCAGAAGUCGGGAGCUAGGGCUGCGCGUCCCAGCGUGUGCCGCAAGGCCGUGGUGUGCAAGGCGCAGUCGUCGCUGGGCCAGAAGCUUGCUUCUGUCGGUGCCGCGGCUAUGCUGUCGCUGGGUGCCCUGGGCGCCCCUGCCAUUGCCUCGGAGUUCGAUAUCCUGGGCGAGCCCACCCCCACCUCCAACUACUUCAUUGAUGAUGCCAGCGUGCUGAGCAAGGCCACUCGCCAGGACAUCAACAAGCGCCUCAAGCUGCUGGAGAUCCAGACUGGCUACCGUGUCGAGGUGGUGACCGUUCGGCGCCUGGAGUUCGAGACUGACGCCUUCGCGUUCGCUGAUAAGGUGCUGGAGAACUGGUACCCCACCGCCGAGGCGGGCAAGGAUAAGGGCCUGCUGCUGGUGGUGACCGCCUCCAAGGAGGGCGCCGUUACCGGCGGCGCUGGCUUCACCGGCGCCGUGGGUGACGACCUGAUCGACUCCAUCAUCUCCACCAACAUCCCCAUCUUCACUGAGGAGGAGAAGUACAACCAGACGGUGGUGUCGGCGGUGGAGCGCCUGGAGGCCAAGCUGCUGGGCAACCCCGUGCCCGAGGCGCCGGUCCGCAACGAGCAGAAUCGUGAGCGCACCUACCGCACGAAGGAGGAGACUGAGAAGAGCCGGAACGUUACCAGCACCGUUGUGGGCACCCUGCUGCUGAUUGCCGUUGUGGUCCCCAUGCUCCAAUACUACGGCUACACUGCCCGCGACUAAGCGAGCUUGGAGCUGUGUUGGAGCUUUAGAGCCUAGGCGGUUGUCAUGAGCAGCUGGAGAGAUGGCAGCGUCCCGGAGCGGCAGUGCAAGGCUGCUGUGGAAGAGGCCUGCAUGGUGGUUGAUGCGAGAGCGGUUUAGUCAUUAGGACAGAGCAGAGGCACCCGGUGUGUGCCGUGAAUUUUGUAUGCAGGAGUAAACAUGAAUCAUAUCUAUAGCGUGUGCGGAUUUGGGAGACUGCGGUUUCGGGCCUGUUCGCUUUUUGCUGCAAUGAACAGCGGCGUGGGCGCCCUAACAGUGCAUUGUGGGCGUGAAGUGUGAUGAGAUGAUGUGAUUGGAGAGUUGGACGUGGGCCAUGGGGGCUACUACCCAUGGUGUGCGCAUUUUGACGGCGUCGAAUGCCUGUACUCGAACCAUCCCAAACGGCUAUGGUUAUUUAUAUUGCCUUUCGUGUGUAGCAUUCGGCGAUGCCCACAUCUCCCCUGUGCUUCCCUGUGCCGCUGCUCCUCUCGUCCGCCGCCGUGCCGUGCAGAUAUGCUGCAAGAGAUCGAUUGCAACAGCGACGACACGAUCGUGUUCGAGGCAGCUGGCGGCUUGUGCCAGUGGUGCGAGUGCUAGAGGCGGGCCACGUAUCUCAGCUGGCAUGCCUAACAGAAGUCGUGGCGUUAUCUUGUCAGCCCGAUUGUUCAGCACUACAGCACCAGCAUUGGCAUGCGCACUCAUCAGUUCCCACUUCCCAGGAAUCCCGCGCCCCAUCACCCAGAGAAGGCUCACGCGGCCACCCGAUGAUACGCAACCUCGUACGCUAUUACCGGAGGUCAGGGUUUAUAGUUGUGUAUCAUCAGCACGUGGGACGUGGGUGUAGUAUUCUCAGCAUUACCACCGUGUGGCAGAACAACCGCAGCAGGUAGGAAGCCUGAAGUCUUCUGCCUCAUACCACCGCGGCAGGCAGGCGGUGUUUCGCAUUGCCCCGAGGAGCUCGUACAUUGAUGAAGAUUGUGUUAGAGAUCUAUCGCGAACAGUCGUACAUGUCUUGGUUAGUUAAUGUUUCGGGAACCGGAAUAGGGAUACUGGGAUAGGGCCAUAGGCGGGCGCGGACAGAAGGAUUCGGAAUAGGCUGCACGAAGGUAUGGAGUAGGCAAGUAGCCCUGAACGCGCGGUUUGAUAUAUGAUCAUAUCCCGUAGAGGAUGUGAUUUCGUUGCUAGUAUGUGGGGGCAUUACCACGAAGUACAUGCACUGUGUGCAACUCAGGAGGGGCGAACCCCACCCAGCAAUCUCGCACCCACG